UGUGGUUUCCUCCCUGCGCAGGACCCAGCCCAGCCCGGGGCAUCUCGGGGCCUCAUCCGCUCAGGCAUGGAGGACACAGUUGUGCGGCCCUCAGUGUUCGUGGUGGACGGACAGACGGACAUCCCAUUCACGAGGCUGGGGCGCACCCGCCGGAGACAGCCCUGCAGUGCUGGCCAGCUGGGCCUGGGCUUCUUGUUGCUGCUGCUGGCGGCGGGGCUGGCGGUCCAGGGCUGGUUCCUGCUGCAGCUGUACUGGCGUCUGGAGGAUAUGGUCACCCCUCUGCCGGACAGAGAUGCAGGAUCCUGGGAGGAGCUGAUGCAAGAGCGGAGGUUCCACCAGGCGAACCCAGCAGCACACCUCACAGGUGCCAACUCCAGCUUGACGGGCAGCGGGGGCCCGCUACUGUGGGAGACGAAGCUGGGCCUGGCCUUCCUGAGGGGCCUCGCCUACCAGGACGGUGCCCUCGUGAUUGUCCACGCCGGCUACUAUUACAUAUACUCCAAGGUGCAGCUGGGCGGUGUGGGUUGCCCACAGGGGCUCACCGGUGGCCUGCCCAUCACCCAUGGCCUCUACAAGCGCACGCCCCGCUACCCCGAGGAGCUGGAGCUGCUGGUCAGCCGGAGGUCACCCUGUGGACGAGCAACCAAUUCUCGCGUCUGGUGGGACAGCAGCUUCCUGGGCGGAGUGGUACAUCUGGAAGCCGGGGAGGAGGUGGUGGUCCGCGUGCCAGAUGAGCGCCUGGUCCGACUGCGGGAUGGCACCCGGUCCUACUUCGGGGCUUUCAUGGUGUGAAGGACGGAGUGAUGGUGGAUGGAACGGGGGUCUGACAGGCAGAGACCUCAGAGGGUGCCUCAGGAGACAGAAAACCCAGAAAGCAGAGAUUUGGAGAGUGCUCUCGGGAACCCAAAACUUGGCUGGUGGAGAGCACAGGGGGCACCACCAGGGGUCAAGAACCCAGACACCCCGAGGGGUUGAAGACCCAGCAGGCACCUUAGAGGACCAAAUUAAACUGCAGACCCCACCACGGACAACACUGCAGACAAAGACCUGGAGACUGGGUCUGUAAGCCCCCAAACAGGGUGUAGAACUGAUCUGCCUGAUAUUCAGGAAGAAAGGGUGAGGGGUGGGUAUUUAUACUUUUAAUUCAGAAGAAAGUGAGACUUGGGGGUCCAGGGACUUGUCUGAGAACGGAAAAACUUAUCACCCUCUCCACUCUCACAAGUGUGGGAGGGAGGAGAUUUAUCAUCAGGACUCAUCCAUGUGGAGAGCCCAGCCCAGCCCAGCCCCACCCACGGUCACAGUCACGUACUCAAGUCCCACCCACGGGCUUGUGGCCACACCUCAGCCUGGCCACAAAAAGUUACACUCAGAGACACAGGCACAGGGAUGUGCUGGUAAAUGUUUACCAAACAGCUCUGCAUAGGAGAGAGGUUUCACAGUGUUUGCUGAUUUCCCUGGUGUAAAUACUCCCACUGUGGCUGGUUUCUGGCUACAAUGUAUCAUCCACCAGCUGGCUGUAGCCCAGCACCGCUAAACACUCACAUCCCACUAGGGCCCAAUGGCGGUUUCAGCACCCAGGCCAGAGCCUGGUACACAGCAGGCGCUUGGAAAAUGUUUGCAGAAAGAAGUAGAGAGAGACAGAAGAAGGAGGGAGGCGGGGAAGGAAGGGAGAAAGAAGAAAGAAAGAAAAAAAAAGGAAGAAAAUACAUUUAUACCUACAGCAUCACAGAGAAUCGUUCAGCUGCACAAUCUCAGACACUCUUUCAUAUGCACAGAUUCAUACAAAGCAUCCGAUUCUCUUGCAAACACACAUGAGUCAUAGACAGCACACAAGCAGUCAUAAGCAUUGCAUGACAACCACCCAUGGCACAAGUCAUCAUCACAAACUCAGUCACCCACACUGUGUCACCCUCGUGUGACACACGGGUUUCGAUGCUCAUCACAUCGGACUUCCACAUGCCGCAUCACGGUCAGACCCAUCUCACAUGUACAUGGCAUCACAAUGACACACACAUACACACAUACACAGCCUGAGGUUCCUCCCAGCCAAGACGAGCACAUCUUGGGGUGAGGACCAGACUUUGUCCACAGCCCUGGGCCCCUUGACCACUAGUCUUGGAAAUAAAUGGCAAA